AGUGGGAGUGGGGGAGGUGAAGACAGCUGGGCAAACUGCAUCUCCACCAGGCUGCUUCCCUUCCUCCUCAGGUUUUCUCAGCCGGAGUUAUUUGGCAAAGCCCGCUCCGGGUGCCUCCGAACCCCUCUCGUGAGGUCCAGGAGAGUGGGUUACAGCGCUGGCAGCCAGGCUGCUCGCCCUCCCUUGGCCUCUCUAGAGCAGUCCCGGCACAGGACAUGUCAGUCUGCAACAGCUCUGGGGGCCCCGCUGCCCUGGACUUUCCCGAAGUCUUGAAGUCCCUGCUGGAGUACUCCUUACCCUGGACCAACAAAAUGACAGAUAAAGAGAAGAAGAUAAAGCUUGAGGAAGAUGAGGCAGCAGCUGCCAGCACUAUGGCAGUCUCAGCUUCCCUCAUGCCACCUAUUUGGGACAAAACUAUUCCUUACGAUGGAGAGUCUUUCCACCUGGAGUACAUGGAUCUGGAUGAAUUUCUCCUAGAGAAUGGAAUUCCUUCCAGCCCUACUCACCUGGAUUUGAACCAGAAUCCACUCAUGCCUGUGGCUAAGCUGGAAGAAAAGGAGCCAGCCAGUGCUUCCACUGGUUCUCCUGUGUCUUCAUCAUCUACUGCCGUCUACCAGCAAUCUGAAGCAGCGUCCAGCACAGAAUCCCCACCGCAAAAUGAGAGAAAUACACCCAGCCCCAUUGAUCCUGACUGUGUAGAAGUUGAGGUGAAUUUUAACCCUGACCCUGCUGAUUUAGUGCUGUCCAGUGUGCCUGGCGGUGAGCUUUUCAAUCCUCGCAAGCACAAGUUUACUGAAGAGGACCUGAAACCACAACCAAUGAUUAAAAAAGCAAAGAAGGUUUUUGUCCCAGAUGAGCAAAAGGAUGAAAAGUACUGGACAAGGCGAAAGAAGAACAAUGUGGCAGCAAAGCGUUCCCGCGAUGCUCGACGAUUAAAGGAGAAUCAGAUCACAAUUCGGGCAGCCUUCCUCGAGAAAGAGAAUACGGCCCUGAGGACGGAGGUUGCAGAGCUGCGCAAGGAAGUGGGGCGAUGCAAGAACAUUGUUUCUAAAUACGAGACCAGAUACGGACCCUUUGACUUAUCUGAUUCCGAGUGAUGCAACUUUAAAGACUUUUAAAAACAAAGAAACUAAAAAGCACACAUGAAUCGCCAGUCUUCAGAGUGAGCAGUGAAAUCUUUGAGGUGUCCCAACACAACUGACGAUGACCCUGCCUGCCUGCUUGCCUGCAAGUACCCCAUCUGAACUACCCAGGGCUGGGCAUGAUGAAAAGUGCAAAGUCUCCUUAAUUCUGUAUAUGGCUUUCUUAUCUGUCUUUCUCACUGUAACUAUGAACUACAAUAAGCUUACUUGCUGGGGUUUUGUCAAGACGCUCAAAGUUCAUGUUUCAAAGUCUGUUGACAGCCUGUGUGAGUAAUGACUGUUUUGGCACUCAAGUGGAAGAAAAUAGAGAGAUUUAAAUGGAAGUGUCUGUAUAUAUUAAGAACUGCUAUACUUUAAAACUUCUUUCCCCUGCAGUAGAAUAAGUUAUACCUAAUGCUGCAGCUUGCUUCUGGUACAGCAUAGCAUCUUGUGGAGUAUCGUGAGUGCAGAAUCAAAGACAGCAGUUUGUGAUGUGUAAGGCUUCCAGUGCAGAGUAAUACAGCAGAUGUACUGAAACAAUCCAGAAAGCGCCCCAGUGUGCCAUACCAAGGCUUGUAAUAAAUCUCUAUCAAGCAGCCCGUGUAAGAGAAAAACACUGCUGUAACCUGCCUGCUCUUUUUUUUUUUCAAGGCUCACUUUCUUUAAUGGUGUCUUGCUGAAACAAAGUCUGUUCUUCUGUUACGAGUUAGCAGUCGUGGACAAGGUGCUAGUCUGAUCUCCAUGUCUUUUGGCAGUGUAAGACUACCAAGUGAGUAUUAGUGCCAGCAAAGCAAUGGCUGUGAGCUGCCAUACUGCAGUUUGCUCUCUAUUGACUACAUGAGAACUGCAGAGGAGAAAGAGUACUUCAUCUGUUUGACAAAUCUGAAGCAGCUGAUGACUUUGCAAAGGUACUGUGGGCACCUUAAGUACCAAGACCCUUCCUUGUGCUGGUGUGGGAGAGUAGAUGAAAGCUUAGGCAGAUUGUGGAGAUGAUUAUUGUGUGUAGAAGAUGGGAAAAGUAGGUGGAAGUUCCUUUGUAACAGCUUCAUCAGCCAAACAAAAAUCUACCUUUAUGGUGAGGAAGGUUAAGAGCUGCAUUUAAGUGGGAAGAACAAGUACUUACUUUCUGGGAAAGUAGCACAGAACUGUGCUGAAGCCUGUAAGACAGGAGUGAAUGUUUGGUGUAUUUGUGCUUGGAGAUGGAUGAACGGCAUACACCUCAAGAGAAAUAAUCCCAAAAGCUUUCAGAAGCACAAGUGCCUGGGUUAUGAGGCACAGCUAGUUACCAGCUAAACCCAACACAUAAUCAAGCAAGUAUUCUGAGUUAGUGUUUACCCAAGAGAUACCGCUCUUCAGAGCAGAAAAGCAAAGAGAGAAAGGUGCAAGGCAGCAGAUAAUGUUGUACCUUCACAAUCCAGAAUUUGUAACUAUUUUGUUUUGAAAACGUAACCUUUGUAAAGGGCAUCUAUAUUAAAUGCACCUAUUGACCUGUUAUUUGUCAUGGACCACGUGCCGGAGUGGAGAAAGUACUUCUAACUUUUGUUGGUUACAAAAUUAUACUGGGCGCACAGUGGUCCUUAGUGGUUUGGAGGUGAUCUCUGAGUAUGCUCAGAUGGAUGAACAGUUUAGCUCUGCGAUGCCAGAACGUCGGCGUUUCUCACUACCUGUAGCAAAUAUUGCAGGUUCAAAUGGAUAUUUUUGGUAUGUGCUGUUUUUCUUUUCCCUUUAUGUUGGUGAUACUGGCGGCGUGUAAAUAUAGCAACUCUUUCCGUUCAUCAUUUCUACAUUUCCAGUUGGCUUUGGCUAUUCUUGAAAGUGGCGCUUCCUGCUUAAAUCAAAGCAUAUUGUAACUGGGCAAGGAGUUGCCAAUCCUUCAUUGGGUCUUGCUGUCUUACUGCUUUAGGAGCAUGAUUGAAAUGCCUAUACGCUGUAUACAGGGCCUGGUUUUUCAGUGUGCCACGCUAUUUUAACAGCAAACUAGAUGGAAUAGUAUGUGCAGUUCUAUUUUUUCCUGUCGUAUCAAAGGUUUACACAGCGGAAACUAACAGUGAAUGAUACAUAUAUAUUUUCCUUUCAGAGAAGACUGUUAGUAAAUUCUCGCACUUCCCUGUAGAACGGUGCGUAUCCACACAUCCCAUUUCAUGUAUCUACAGGUUGUGAAACUGGAAAAUCACACUUCAGGAUAAAUAUGACUGAUCUUCUGUAGCUGGAGAUUAUCUUUUUUGGUUAAGAAUCAACAUCUUCAAGGGUAGAUGGGAAGGUGAUGACUACGAAAGGAGCAUGCGCAUUGCCACACGGCUAAGUGAUGUGUAGUGCUGAUUUCCUUUCUCAGCUUUUGCAGUCUUGGGAAGUUGAGCUUACUGCUUCAGAGCGCUCUGCUCCCUUCAGAAAGAUCCACUUAGUCUUGCUUCUUUGACGAGGAUGACCAUCCUAUUUGUUGUAAGCGAUAGCUUGAAUACAUUUUCCAUAGGGAUCGUAAGACCAGUAUUGUUUUAGCUCAGUCUAUGUGUUAAACGAUGCUGAACUGACACUGUUGGUGUCUGAAGUUCUCUAUCCUUGGAACGUGCUACAUAGAGGCCGUAAGUGUGUCUAAUGCCAAUAUACCCCAAUUGCAUCCAUAAAGGGACCAUCUCCAAGGGGAGAGAAUAAGGGGAAUGUAUCUUGGAGCAUCGCUGCAGGGAUUGCCGUUAAAGGGAGCUGUUUUUGACAGCCCUACAUUCAUUAAGAAAUGGAUUGAAAUCAAACAGCACUUGCUUUCAAAGUGCAUAAACUGUUGAUAUUGGCAAUUGACUGUUGUCUUAUUCUACAGAAAAAAAUGGACAGUGAAUAAGUGAUGCACAAAACUUACUGCAGUACUUCUUUUGUACAUGGCCUUCUAAUCCACACAGUUUUGUUUCCAUGCAGUAAUGCACCUUGGUACUUAAAAAGUCCCUAGAACUUUAUCCUUUCACCUGAUGCCAAGAUCUGCUCCCGGUGAAGCCACUAACAAAGAUCUCAUUAACUUCCAUAGGAAAAAGUCUUUGUUUUGGUGAGAUGAGCAUCAAGCUUUAAGCAAGCCCUGGGUUGGGUGUAUUGGUGUUACUCCGGAGCGCUCUGUGCUGGGAUCAGGUGGAUGUAUCCCUGAUUGCAAAUGUCAUGUUCAUAAACUGAUCCUUCACUGAUUUGUUCACACUAUUUUGAUGCUCAGACAGUCUGAAAUCCUUUCCCUUCCUCCCCACCUCUGCCCGGACAGGGUAUAAAAACGUGCUAUAAACUUGUGCUGGGAGAGGGAAUGAUUUUUGUUGUGGCUUUUUCUUGUUUGGUUGUUUCUUUUCUUAAAAAGAACGUGAUGUGGCUUUUUACAGCUCUUUUGGUAACAUUUGAUGUCAUUUCUGACAAUGUUCCUUUUCCCUGCUGUGCUUUUUGAAAGCCCAAAGUAUUACAGCUGUCAGAAUCACUUUCAGUGUUAGCUGCAGGAUUGCUACUGAUUUUAACAACUGUAUUUCAGGUUGAGGGGCGUAGUGGAAGGCCAGCAGUAGCAGCUCAAUAAACCAUUCUUGUGUGGGGAAUUUUUCACCCCCCCCCUGCAAAAAUAUAAUGGAUUUGCUCAGAAGAGAAUAUCGCUGCCUCAGCCUUGUAAACCUCUUCAGGAUAAUGUGGCUCUGCUUCUUGUGAUCAGAUGCCUUCAUUUUUAGUGAGAGUGAAGCUAUCUCAUGCCCUUUAAAACCCAGACAGGCUUUCAUUUGCCCUUACUGUUUUAGCUGAUAAGCAGGAGAUGAGAAAUGCAAACUUACCUUAAUGCAUAAAUCUUUUUUUUUAAUAUAAGUAAUCUACAUCUAAAUCCAAAAGCAGCACAAUAAAUCUGUCGGUGCUGUUGUUUUGCCUUUGCAGUACUGGAAGAUACUGGCCAGCUUUCUAGAUUUUCAGCUGAUUACUCUGAUCUGUAUAGCUGCCACUGUAACGGGGUGGAGAUGGAUUAAUUCACAACACAAGAAUGGGAAGAAGGUAGAAACAGUAAGCCUGACUUCUGUGGGAAUGCUCACAUAGCGCUAAUUGAGAGACUGCAAUGAUUUAAUUGUCAAUAAGGCAGAUUUGUCACGCAGAAGGUUCAUUUUUAGCUUGAGAGUGUGCUGUCCCCUAGGAAGGCCCUUCUGGAUUGCAGACUUCAAACUCAAGCAACUAUGGGGAAAAGGGAAUGCUUUGAGGAAGAUAUAUAUGUAGGUAAACAUAAAAAUACUUGUCAAGUAAAGCAGAAAGUGGGGAAAACGGAGUACCACAGGGUACUGACCCAAAUUAGGCUGCUGAAACCAAAGCCUCACUGUUUAAAUUCAACAGCAGUUUGGAUCCCCGUCCUAUAGAAUAUUGUUUAGGCUUUAAGAAACUUGUUUAGGUUUGGGAAUCUCCUUUUCUUGAUCUCACGUCCGCAGUUCAGAACAAAGUGAAAGGAAUAUAGAGAUGGGGGUGGAGAGCUACUGCAGAAAGGCACGAACAAAUAGCCAUCGCUUGAACGGGGUGUGCUGUUGUGCCAGGACUUGACCUGCCCACGUGAACUGAUAGCGCUGUGAAGAAGUUACUAUCUGAGGCCCCAAUGUUGUAAGACCUCAGUUCUGCAUGGGAUGAGCCCUGUAUCUGUAGAGAGCCGCGUGGACUUCACAGGAUCUAUUUUGGAAUGUGAAGCUCUGCCCAGGCAGUCAGCUGCAGAAUUGUGUCCUUAACACCGUCAGCUGUAGCUAUGAGGCUGUUCAUAUUCAGUGUCAUUUGGGUGCCUGUUACAUAGCCAAAACCCUUGUUACAUCAUUUUCCCACCCAAGGCAUGAGCAGAAGCCCUUUGCUGUACAACACCUGUAAACGAAAACAAAAUGUACUUCACAUCCAUCUAGUAAAUUAAGGCAUGUGAUUUUUGGUCUGUGGGUCUCAACAAACUUUGCUCGUGUACCUGUCUGAAUGUUUCCUUAGAUCUGCAGCUGUGUCUCGGUGAGAAGGUUUUCCCUGGGGAGCACAACAGCAGCUCUUAUCUGUCACGCUGCAGGUGACCGCUUGCUGCUGGCCAGGACUGUGGAAGGAUGCAUCCUCUGCACUUUGAUGUGAAGUUGUCUCAAAUAUGGUGAUUAACAUGACUAUUGAAAUACUGUAUUUUGUAUGACUUAGAACGUGUAAAUACACUUUUAAAACUGAUCUGUUCUAUGAAGUAAUAAAUAAGUGCUUCCAUUGUAAUUCCUGGGUAUUGUUAAUGCUUCAUGUAGCUUGAUUUGGGACUAUUUUGUUAUUUUUUUCCUAGAGAACUACCGAAAUCAAAAGCAAGAUUGAUGUCGUGGAGUUCUAGUCUAGUUGUGAUGAUUUCUAUCAAGACAAAAUGUGUUAAAAACUAAACCAAUGAGAUACGUAAGCAGAGAAACUGAGAAUUUGAGGGAACUGAUUCUCUUCCAGUCUUUCUUUAAGGGUAGUCACCCAUGGCACCGAUAACUGCGUUCCUCCUACCCCAUUAGCCGAGCAAUUAAUCUUGUGUGUGAGUAGCGUUGGGAAGGUGGCCGUGUUAAAUGAUUAGAGAUGGAGGAAACCGAAAGGGUUUGGGUUUGGGGCUUUUUGUUUUAACUGUUCUCUCUUUUGGCUUGGAACAGGUCUGCCUCCACUCUUCAGCCAGGCUGCACAGUGAGCUGGUGUUACCGAAGCUCAUUUGUAACCUAGAUAGCCUACGUCUCUAUUAGAUACGUUAUGUAUAUAGAUGACACAGGUCCCUUGUCCUGGUUUUGGAGAGGGAAAGUAAUUAAUGAGUUGAGGUUUUGCUGGAUGCUGCACGGCUGGAACUCUCAUCAGCUUUCACAGCUUGUUCUGUCUUGUGUUAAAAGAGGAACAGUGGAGCAAGCUGGGUUGAUGGUUAGACUAGGUGAUUUGACAGCUCCCUUUCAACCUUAACUAUUCAAACCACAGGCAGCCCGUUAGGAAACACCAACGCUGUGAGGAGGUGUGGAGACCGGUCUGUCGGUCUUCAGCCAGGAGAUGAGCCUGUGACAACAGCCUCUCCAGCCAUAACAUCACUUCUUCGUCUUCGAUGCUGUACUGGGAAAAAAUCUUUAUCAGCUGCUUCUGUGGUGUUCCAUAAACAACAAAGCUACAGCAUCAUUUGCAGUGAGCACGGAUGAUCUCUUCCUCCCCCCAACCCGUGUCUCUAGGCUAUAAAAUAGCUAAGCAUAUGUGCAGGGUAAAUUCUGUUCCUGUAAGGCUUCUUCAAAGACGUGCAGUCUGAACUGAAUAGUCAGAGGGAUCUCCUAUCCGCUAUAUUUGGCCUCAAGUUCUGUUUCCUCUUGGAUAAGAAUAUUUUAUUUGGCUUCAGACGUGGCACUGAUCUAUCCCAGCCGUUCCUUGGGAUGGGUGAUAAAUCUGCGCAGUAUUUAUAUGACAGACAGAUGAACCUUAGUUUUACCACGUGUUGAGUAGUCGAAUGUCUUGGAUGCCCACUCCUAGACGUUGUCUAAAUAAUCCCUGUCAACGUGGCUGCUUUUCAGAGCAGCCCACAAAGUGCAUUUGAGAUCAUUCUGGCUGAGGGAUUCUAUAGGAAUGAAAGAAAUAAUAAAGGUUGUACAGUGGCUGCGUUAAGCUGGGUGGCCAUCAGUGGUUUUAAUUUAUAUACCAAUCUUUUGUCCCAAACUACUUAUGUUGUACAUAAACCUACACACUCUUGGCAGCUGAUAGGGGAAAAUAAAGGUGCUUUAAACAGCAAUCAAAUGAAGAAAGGGCAUUUCGAGUUGGUGUUAUUUUAUAUUUCCAUUUGUGACACUUUUUAAAUUGUAUAAACCACGGAUUUGAAUUCUCAAAGUCUUCAGCUUGGAUGUCGUGAGCGGUUUCAAUCCUCUCACCUCUCUGCUCAGAGCUGGUUUUUAAGAAGAAUAAAAGCUUUUGUUUAAAAUGUAACAUUUUGACUGUAUUCAAUCCUGUUAGUAGCCUUCCUUUUUCAGAAAUAAAUAAAAAGCAUAUUCCACUAC